AUGCCAAUCACAUUCAUCAACCGCAGCACCCACAACUUCCACCCUCGAGGCGAAUUGGCCACCAUCAACGCCCACCACGCUCACACGCGACAUCAAAAACGUCGAAGAGCAAUCAAGCACGCGGCGAGCCGCCAGAAUGCGUGGAUCCUAAGCUACGUGGUGACGGAGCGAGAUAACGUGGACGCGGACCCGGAGUCAGACGCAGACGACCAAGUCCACCGCCAGCAGCAGCACGCCACCAACACUAUGGACUCGCUGCUUUUCCUGCCCCGUCAAAUCGGCGCCCUGCGCGACGACCCCUUCUGGACACUCCCCGUGGCGAACACCCACAGCGCCAUGACCGCCUUUGACUUCCACUUCCAGGUCAUGUGCCCGCUCGCGCUCGGGCUGGGAAACUACAACCAGCGCCAACACCAGAUCAUGCGGCUGAACGUGCUCGAGACGGCCAUGUACUGCUCGUCGAUGAUUGCGUUUGGGCUCGUCAUGCAGAGCUUGCAUAUGCAUUCUGCGGCACGGUUGUCGCGCGAGGCGGUGCACCAUGUUAAUAACGCGGUGGGUGGAUUGAGGGCCGCUGUUGGCAAUCCGGAUCCGCGCGUGGGGACGAGUGAUAUUGUGUUGGCGACGAUCUUUCCCAUGGCGGUCGUGUAUCGCAUGCUGAAUGACUAUGACGCUUUCAAUGCCCAUGUCGAGGGUGUGCGGCGGAUUGUCGCCCUGCGAGGCGGGCUGGAUAACCUGGGGUGGGAGGGUUUCUUGAAGAUAUCGGCCGUGGGGUGA